UAUUAUUAUUAUUUUUAGCUUUUCUUUACCUUCACGAUCUCUUCUCUUUACAAAUACCCUCUGCUUUUCAUCUUCUCUCACUGCCCCUUGACACCAAAAGGGGAAAGCACAAAACCAGAGAGAAAGAAGCUAUAGAAGGAACUGAAAUCAAAUCACAGAGUUAAACAGAUUUGGAAAUCAAGGUUGGUUUUUUAUUUAUUUAUUUAUUUAUUUUUGAAAUGGCAGACAAUAAGGAAGAAGACCCAGAAACAGCCCCACCACAACAAGCAAUACCCAAAUCUUAUUCUUUGAUUAUGAGAGUUAUGAGCAAAAGAAGAACAUGGGUAUGUUUAUUUGUUCUAGUUUAUGCUCUUCUUUUGUCAUCUUCUUGGAAUUUUCUUGUUUCUAUAUUGUCUUGGUAUAAAUCCCAAGUGGAAGCUUCUUCUUCUUCAUUUGGGUGGCCUGCAAUUUAUGCUUCUUUGCUUCUUGGAGGUGUUUUUGGGGUUAUUUCAAUGGUGGCUGCACUGGCUGUGAUGAUUCCUGCUACACUUGUAACUUGGAUUGCCAUUGUUGUGUUGCUUUAUUUCUUUGGGAAGCCAAGGAGGUUGUUGGUGGUGGAAGGGAGGAAGAUCACUAAAGAGAUUUUUGGUGUCGUGAUUAAGAUUUUGUUGAAGGAAGGGAAUUUGGUGGCUGCUGUUUGUGCUGUUUUGGGUUAUUUUGCACUUUUUAGGAAGACUAAUGAGAGUUAGAGAUACUGAAAUCCAGACUAAGAAUUUAGGGUUUUGAAUCAAAUGGGUAUCUGAAAUUUCUAGCGAGGGUUUGAUUUGGUAAAGUUUUUUUUUUUUUUUUUUCCUUUUUUUUUGGGAUUGUACGUGUAGGUGAAGCAAUUUCUGUGGGUUAUUCUGACAUUGUGUAAUGGGUGUAUGAUGGAUUUGGGGAAUUAAUUGGGGUUUUAAUGGUUUAACUUUAGAUCUUCUUUGUAGCUGUAGAGCUGUUGGGUUUAUAUGAAUUAUAACUUAUAAACACUCUUUUGUUCUUUUUAGAA